ACACGUUAGCAUUGUUGUUAUUUAGACGUUUAUUAACACAUUGGAACUCAAAAUAUGACUCAUUUAACGGCACAACAUCACAUACUUCAGGUAUUCUUUAAUUCACGUUAGAGAUAGGACUUGGUUGAUAGACGUUAUCUAAGUAACGUUAGCUAACAAUGGUUUUUCACACUCAAAUAGCCUCCAUCAUGGAGGUUCUAGCGAAUGCAGCUGUGGCAGAGAUCUGUAAAGUCGUAGACGACGACUAUGCAGUGUUUCGUUUGGAAAUAACUCAAAACCAGAAAGAAAACAGGACAUUGCGGAGGAAACUACAGCUAUUGGAACUGAAGGUGGUACGGGAGCGCGCAGAGAGGACAAUUAGAGAGCGCGUCCGCGCCAGUCGUCCCAGUAGUGUGAAGAUCCUCGACCAAUACAGAGGAAUGGCAAGAGGUGAAGGUCAUCUCACUGGAGGCCACAUGAGCUUUGAGAAGCCAGCGAGACACAAUACAUGGAGAGAUGACCAACCAAUCACUGUUGAUGAGGGAAGUGGAUCUUCAACCCAGCAUGUUAUUGUGAUAGAGUCUGCAGAUGCAGAGGCUUCUGGUUCUGGAGGAUCAUCUCUGGUCAAACAGGACAGGACUGAAGGAGACCACCCACGGCACAGCAGAGAUAUGAAGCUGGAGACUGGAGCAGCGGCUGGCGUGGCGCCCCUUGUAGCCACGGAGGACCUCGCCACCAUGCCCCAUCCAAGGAACCGACGCAGCAUCACGGAGGUCAAUGGAAUGCUGGACGCUGUCCUCAAGUCAGAGACAGACACCAAGACUUUAACUGUAACACACAGGCUCUUACACACUAGAUCUGACCACAGGUCAGACCCAGAGAGACUGGGGCUGAGGCAACUAAGCUGUCCUCUUGCUCCCGGCUCAGAGUAUUUACUUUACGGUAACCCGAGCCCGAGGACGGUUCAUUCCCAUCGGGACUCAGGUUACGCGUUAGAGACGGGAAAUGAUCCGUCUUGUUCCUACACAACAGAGAUGGACCCUGACAACAUGCCCUUGGAUUUAGAAACACAGAUUGAUCAGUCUAGAGGGGACUGGAAUCGGUACAGUAGUAGUGUAUACUCUGAAGGGUGCCUAGAUAAGAAAGGGGAGGUUAUAGUGGUAGAUGAGGUGAAAGUGGAGGGCGACGCUCCUCUGACAUGGAACGUAGACGAUACUCACUUAGGGGAAGGACACUCACAGGGCAGAGAUUUGUUAGAUUACAGGGAAAGCUUAGAGACAAAUCCAAGCAUCGAGACCCACUCCCCUUUACAUGCGCUCAGGGAUCGCGACCCAGUGUCCAAGUCGAUGGACCAUUCCGGUUCACACAUUCUUUUUGAUCAGGUUUUGAACUCAAAUGACCAAGGGGCCAAGGUUUUGGGAGGUGAAGCAAGCAGUAGUAAAGAGAAGCGGUUCCUCUGCAUGUUCUGUAACAAAGGCUUCAGCUGCCUCCAGAAGGUGGAGAUCCACCAGAGGGUCCACACAGGAGUGAAACCCUUCAGCUGUACCCAGUGUCACAUGCGUUUCACAGAGGCUGGUAAACUGAAGAGGCACCAGAGGGUCCACACAGGGGAGAAACCCUUCAGCUGUACCCAGUGUCAGAUGCGCUUCGCCCAGGCUGGGCACCUGAAGAGGCACCAGAGGGUCCACACAGGGGAGAAACCCUACAGCUGCCCCCAGUGUCACAUGCGCUUCGCCCAGGCUAGCAACCUGAAGAUGCACCUGAAGGUCCACACCGGAGAACGGCCAUUUGCCUGUACACACUGCGGGAAGAAGUUCUCAGAGAGGAGCUACCUCAGGAUACACCAGCAGAAAAACCAUUCCACUCUGUAACAUAGAAAGUAACCAUUCCACUUGAUCGCUUCUGACGUGUAGAUCAAAUGCUGCAUUAAAGUCAAAGAUUAAUUUUCAUUGUUGUCAGCAGAAAAUAUCUGCAGAUGCAUUUGGAAUAACAGUAAUACAGAGGGGUUGGGUUAAAUGCGGAAGACAUUUCAGUUGAAGGCAAUCAUUUGUACAACUGACUAGGUAUUCCCUUUCCAUAAUAUAUUUCAGUGUUGUAUAUUCCUGGGUUGAAUAAUGCAUCCAGGCAUUUUGUGAUCUACAAGCCUUAAAAGUCUGUUGUAUAUUGUGUUUGUGCUGUGUAAGCGAUGUGUUUAGAAAUGCCUAUUUCAUUACUUCCAACUACUUAAUGAGAAAAUGAAUGCAGUUUUAUCAAGUUCAUACAGAUUUUUUGUUGACAUGCAUGUGUGGUUUUUAUAUGGAGUAUUUAACACUUAAAUACACGUAACCAUAUACAGUUUGAAAAUGGCAUAGUUGGGCACUAAUAAGCAGACACUGGAACGUGGUAGCUGUAUAACACUGAAUGGGUAAGUGCUGUAUGGGUUUUGACUGAGAGAAAUGCAGUAAAUUAAGAUGACUCAAUGUUUAUGAUCACUAUGUUUGAUGUACAGUUACAAGAUGUCAUGUCGUCAUACCCUGGCUUCUUCUGAACAGACUGAGCCUAUGUUUGUUUAUUGUGAAGAAAACUCACCGCUGAACAUGCACCUGAAUGCAAUCAUGACUCCUUUCGAUGCGCACCAAAAUUACGAUCCAUUUCUCUGAAUUACCUUGUGAAAGCCUAACAUUGUAAGAUCGUAUUUUAUAACUUAGCUAGUCAUGUUUGCAAAAGAACAAGCUUUCAGAUUAUGCCCACUUUACCCAGAUUGCGAUUUCUAAUGGACUGUUUUUGGUAACCUUCUAUCUUAUGUUACCAUACCAACAUAACAUAUCAUACUAAUUUGAGUGACCUGGAUUUACUUUAACUCUGUUAUGUCUGAUCUAUGAGGCCAGUCUGGAGAUUGAUACCAUUUCAAAGGUUACAAACAUGGUUGUCAAACUAUUUUAUAAUUUCUUGAAAAAAAGUUAUGAAAAUUGUAAUUUUCUUAAUCUUUAACGUCAAUUAUCUAAAAUGCGUAUAAACCAAUUUUUAAAAUUA